AAAAGAGAGAAAGAAAAAGAAAGAGACACACGAGGUACCCAUCUUCUCUUUUCAAUAACCGCAUUUACUUUUUCUUGUAUUUUUAUCAUGUAUACAGAAAAGCCAACCACGCUUCACCAUCGUCAUUCAUUUUUUGAUUUGCAAAGAGCAGCUAUCAUUAGAGAUACGCCGUCUGUACGUCUAAGAAAAGCUGCUCAAGAAGGCAACAUUGCUGCAGUGAAACGAUUAUUAAAAAAAGUAAGCAACAUUCAGAACCCUGAUCCAGAGACAGGAUAUACUACGCUCAUGUAUGCUGCACGAUAUGGGCAUGUUGAUCUAGUAGAACUCUUGCUUGAAUUAGGACACGAAGAAGAAGUGAUUUCCAUGGACAAAGAAGGCAUCACAGUACUGAUGCUAGCAGCCAUGUAUAACCAUGAAGAGAUAUUCUUUUUAUACGUGAGUAGAUAUCCAGAGUGCAUUCAUGCCAUCAGUAAACAUGGUUGGACUGCUUUGUUUUAUGCUGCUCAAAAUGGCAAUGCUAACCUUGUUAGUUAUUUGCUGUCUAUAUCUGCUGAUUUUGAUCAUAUAGAUAAUGAUGGAAAUUCAGCACUUCAUCAUGCUUCUGCUUGGGGACAUAUCACUGUCAUGGACUUGCUGGUGUCUGAAGGAUGCAAUGUAAAUCUUGAGAACAAUGAACACUCAACAGCCUAUGAUUAUGCUUAUAGUACGCUUGUUCAAGAACGUUUAAAAGAAAUGUCACUCAUACCCUUUAAUGAUGAUUCCACACUCUCUGUCUCUUCCUUGCAAAGACAACAAAGUCUUGUCAAUGGCCCUUAUUCUUCCUCUUACUCUAGCACAAGUGGUUAUUUGGGGCUGAAUAGCAUGGCUCUUUCGCGUGGUCCAUCCUAUGGCAACACAGGCCAUGAAAGUCCCAUUCCCCGGGCAUCUACUUCCUCUUCUUCUCUUGUGAUACCCUCUUCUGCUUCUGGCACAAACACUGGCAUGUUAACUAGCUCCCGUGGUUCAUUCCAACAACAAAGCGGAAGCCCUUCUUCACUUUCUGAACUAGAGAGAAGGAGAGCAAGUAGUUUUGGUGAUACAAAGCCAAAAGGAUAUCGUCCUAUUUGAACUCUCCUUUUUGAGGGGAGGAGGAAUUCACAGACAUUAUGCUAUCCCCUCU